AUGGAUCCCAUGCAGGAUGUAGAUGGAAUUAUUGCAAUUGUGUGUGUGAUUAUGAUUAUGCCGGCAAUUAACCUGCAACAUAGAGAUCGUGUACGCGGUAGACAAUGGGUUGGCCCUUGGAUUGCACGUAGAGGACAAUAUGGAGCUUACCAUGCACUAAUGCAGGAACUGAGGCAGGAAGACCCAAGGUCGUACAAGAAUUUUGUGAGAAUGGAUAAAGAUACUUUUACUGAGCUGUUAGAAUUAGUGACACCAUUGAUCAAGAAGAAAGAUACCUUUAUGAGGAAUUCUAUUUUAGAUAUUAUAAAAAACCGUGUCUUCAUCGUUUGUGUACCAAACUCCAACCAAGAAUGGCAGAAUGUUGCAAACCAGUUUGAAGAGAAAUGGCAGUUUCCUAAUUGUAUUGGAGCUAUGGAUGGUAAACAUGUAGCUAUAAAGUGCCCAGCUCGGAGUGGAUCUACAUACUAUAACUACAAACACUUUUUCAGCAUCAUUUUAUUGGCUAUAGUUGAUGCAGAUUAUAAUUUUGUUUAUGUUGAUGUUGGAUGCAACGGCCGAUCCAAUGACAGCGGAGUAUUUAACAAAUCAAAAUUAUACGAACUUCUUGAAACAAACAAGAUUGGAGUUCCGCCCCUUAGACCCCUGCCUGGAAGAGAUUCUUGUGUGCCAUAUGUAAUUGUUGGUGAUGAUGCUUUUCCUUUGAAACCAUAUCUUUUAAAACCCUAUCCCAACAGACAACUUGACAUGGACAAACGGAUCUUUAACUACAGACUAUCCAGAGCCAGAAGAAUCUCUGAAAAUGUCUUUGGAAUUUUAACAAGCAGAUCUGGAGUAUUUCAAAGGCCUAUAGCUCUUGGACCGGACAAGGCAUCUCUUAUCGUGCUUGCAAUUUGUGCAUUACACAAUUUUUCACGGGCAAGGUCAAGAAAUAUAUAUACUCCUGCUGGAGGUUUUGAUGAUAGUGACAGGCCUGGUGAGUGGAGAAAUGAGCAACGACGAGAUUCAGUCUUCGACAUUGAACAGCAGGCAGGAAACAGAAAUGCAGACAAUGCACGUAAUGUCAGAGAUGAAUAUUGUGAGUAG